GGCAUUGGAAAAAAUGUCAUCUGUGACCGAACGGCAACUCCCCUGGAUGCCUUUAGGAUGAUGACUGCGGCUCAUUAUUACCCAAAGCUCAUGAGCAUCAUGGGGAACGUUUUGCGCUUCCUGCCUGCUUUCGUGAAGAUGAAGCAGCUGAUCCAGGAGGGUUACGUAGGGGAGCUGCUGGUGUGCGAGGUGCAGGUUCACAGCGGAAGCCUGCUAGGCAAGAAGUACAACUGGAGCUGCGAUGACCUGAUGGGAGGCGGGGGCUUGCACUCAGUUGGCACCUACAUCAUCGACCUCCUGACCUUCCUCACCAGCCAGAAGGCCGUGAAAGUGCACGGGCUGCUCAAGACCUUUGUGAAGCAGACGGACCACAUCAAGGGGAUACGGCAGAUCACCAGCGACGACUUCUGUACGUUUCAGAUGGUGCUGGAAGGUGGUGUGUGCUGCACAGUGACGCUCAACUUCAACGUCCCGGGCGAGUUCAAACAAGACAUUAUUGUGGUGGGUUCGGCAGGACGGCUGAUUGUAAUAGGCACUGAUCUCUACGGACAGAGCAACAGCUCUCCUCAGCGGGAGCUCCUGCUAAAGGACUCCACGCCGGUCAGCAACUCCUUACUUCCAGAGAAGGCCUUCAGUGACAUCCCAUCCCCCUACCUCCGAGGCACCAUUAAGAUGGUUCAAGCUGUCCGGCAGGCAUUCGAGGACCAGGACGACAGGAGGACCUGGGAUGGGAGGCCCCUCACAAUGGCUGCCACUUUUGAUGACUGUCUGUAUGCCCUGUGCGUGGUGGACACCAUUAAAAAGUCAAACCAGUUGGGGGAGUGGCAGAACAUUUCAAUCAUGACUGAGGAGCCAGAACUGAGCCCGGCAUACUUAAUCAGCGAAGCCAUGCGGAAGAGCAGGAUGUCUCUGUACUGCUAGGUCCUGUCAGCUCCUAGGAAAGAAUAGGAACCAGACAGUUCUUGAAGGAAAUGGUAAUUCAGCCCCUGUGAAGGGCUUGGGCAUCUUAGAAACAGCUGAAGAUACAGAAGAAGGAAAUACGGUGUUUGGAUCAACUAAAUCUGUUGGUGGCUAAAUGCCAAAGUGAUGAGGUCCUUAGAAAUGCCCAAAACAUAGGAGACUUAAGAGCUGACAUAACUUAACUGUUUUAAUAACAGUAUUAGCUGGCUGAUUGGAAAGAUAUAUCAUGGACUCAUCUCCUGCUUGCAGGUGCUUUAGAUUAUCCAAUUGUGUUUACUGUGAAAGGUUGGGAAGAUCCUUUUAGAUUUUCCUUACCUACC